CGGAGGACCGGGGACCCCGGGCGGCACUUCCGGCCGCCGCCGGAAGCUUCCCGCGCUGCACCGCGCGGCUCCGCAAGAUGGCGGCGCCCGUGGGACGCUGCCUGUGGAGAGCGCUGGCCCCGCGUCGCGGAUGGGUCUUCCCCGGGCUCGACCAGCGCCUGGCCGCCGCCCCCGCCGUGGUGAGCGCCGCGCCGCCCGCCCGGCCGUACGCAGCCGCAGCCAAAACUGCAAAAAAAGGUUCACAAAAGACCAAGCAGGAAGAAACAAAAAAGAAACCAGCGACUAGGAGGUGGCCGCUGAUGAGCAAGCCUGUGGAUGAUGUAUACUUAACGUGGUAUUAUGAGCGGCCCUCCUAUGAUGUGGAAAAGGCUGUGGGUAUGCUAAAGAAAUUUCAGGAACUGGACUUCACUCACCCCAAACAGUAUGUCUAUAUUAACGUAUUCCUAGAUAUGGCGCUACAGAAAAAGAAAAAAGUGGAUCCAUUUGCAAGCAAUGUUCUUCUUCCAUAUCGUUUUACAGAUGAAACGAAUAAGGUCUUGGUUUUCACAGAGAAUGAGCAAGAAGCUGAAAUAGCUCGAGAGAAUGGAGCUGCUGUUGUGGGAGGAGUUGAAUUAAUCAAAUGGAUUUUGGAAGAUGAAAUCCAAGUGGACUUCUAUGUAGCUGUUCCUGCAAUAAUGCCUAAGCUAAUACCAUUAAGGAACAAACUAAGACGAAAAUACCCAAGUACAAAAAGAAAUUCCCUGGGCCAUGAUAUUCCCAAAAUGCUGCAACUAUUCAGAGAAGGUCUUGAGUAUAUGGUAGAAGAUGAGCAUGUAAUCAAGACAAGAAUAGCAAGACUGGAUAUGCCUACUGAGCAGAUAGUUGCCAAUCUAAAAGCAGUUAUCCAGGAUAUCUGCACGUUCAAGCCAUCGACUCAGGGUCCUUUUGUGCAGAAGUUGGUUAUUAGAUCUUCAACCAGUGAAGGUUUGCUAUUGAACCUUGAUGGACUUCUACCUCAGGCGGAGAAGGCAGAAGGAGAAAAAAAUGUAGAAGAUGAAGAGGAGCCUGCAGAAGAUGAAGAAAAACGUGUCCAAGAACCUGUUAGUACCUGAUGUCUUUCCUUGUAGACCUGAUGAUCAAGCUUGGAAAGCAAAUGGUGUAAUUGAAAUCAUACUUCAUGAAAAGAAAAAAAUAAAUCUAACUUGUGAAUUUCACUUGUAAAUUCUGUGUAACAAGAAACAUUGUCACAAACAGAAGUCCGUUGUCAAAACCGAAGACAUUUUAAAUUCCUUCUCUUGGUAGCUGCAAGCUCCCUACUUUGUGUGUGGUUUUUUUUUUCUUUGCACGUUAUAGUUCUUAUUUUAAUAAAAGUAUUUCUAUGACUUCUGAA